UUGUUUUUUGGAAUAUCAGUAGAACGUGAUUCAAUGACAGUCUUCCUUCAUCAAAAGUAUUAAAAUUUAUUGAAUAUAUGGCAUUCGUGUGUAUUUCACCCUCGUAAAUUGAACGUAUACACCGCUAACGUUGCUAUUAUAAAUCAAAUAAUUUUGUUCCAACGCAAAUUAACUUGUUAAACUCAAAACUCACAUCAACGAUGGCGUCCGAUCCACACUCAAAACACAGGAUGCAAGUCUUCAAAAACAAAGGAAAAGAUCAAGAUGAAAUGAGAAGGAGAAGGAAUGAAGUGACAGUUGAACUGCGUAAAAACAAACGUGAAGAAACACUGCAGAAGCGGAGAAAUGUUCCUAUCACAGAUUCCACAGAUGAGGACGACAUUGACAGGAACCUGUCCAACAUCAAUUUGGAACAGCUGGUGAUGGAAGCAGCCUGUGAUAACCCAGAGAAACAACUCGUUGCCGUCCAGUCUGCUCGGAAACUGCUCUCCUCCGAUAGAAACCCCCCCAUUGACUCCCUCAUAGCCAGCGGAAUACUGCCUAUCUUAGUCAAAUGCCUUGAAAAUCACGAAAACCCCUCCUUGCAGUUUGAGGCGGCCUGGGCCUUGACAAACAUCGCAAGUGGCACGUCACUACAGACACAAGCCGUGGUGGGCGCAGGCGCUGUGCCACUGUUCUUGCAACUAUUGCAUUCCUCUCAUCAGACCGUGUGUGAGCAAGCCGUCUGGGCCCUAGGAAACAUAAUUGGUGACGGUCCGGCUCUGAGGGAUUAUGUCAUCAACCUGGGAGUGGUUCAGCCUCUGUUAAACUUCAUCAAGCCAGACAUCCCGAUAUCGUUCCUGCGCAACGUCACAUGGGUCAUAGUGAACUUGUGUCGCAACAAAGAUCCACCUCCAUCGGUACAAACCAUCAGUGAGAUCCUGCCCGCCCUGAACGUCUUGAUCCAUCACAACGACAUAAAUAUACUAGUAGACACAGUGUGGGCCCUCAGUUAUCUAACAGACGGAGGCAAUGAGCAGAUCCAGAUGGUCAUUGACAGUGAUGUGGUGGCUAACCUCAUUCCUCUCCUAUCUCACAAAGAAGUUAAGGUACAGACAGCUGCUCUGAGAGCGGUUGGCAACAUUGUCACAGGCACAGACGAGCAGACCCAGGUGGUUCUCAACUGUGACGCACUCUCACACUUCCCCGCCCUGCUCACCCAUCCCAAAGAGAAAAUCUGCAAGGAAGCUGUUUGGUUCCUAUCAAAUAUCACGGCAGGAAACCAAGCCCAAGUCCAAGCAGUCAUUGAUGCCGGCCUUUUACCCAAAAUCAUCAAGAAUUUGAGCAAGGGUGAGUUCCAGACACAGAAAGAAGCUGCGUGGGCCAUCAGCAACUUGACCAUCAGUGGCAACCGUGACCAGGUAGCUCGGUUGGUACAGGAAGGAGUGAUCCCACCCUUCUGUAAUCUGCUUAGCUGCAAGGACCCACAGGUUAUUCAAGUGGUGUUAGAUGGUAUCAACAACAUGCUCAAGAUGGCCGGACCACAGGUCGAGGCUCUGGCCAACAUGAUUGAGGAGUGUGGAGGAUUAGACAAGAUUGAACUUUUACAGAAUCAUGAAAAUGUAGACAUCUACAAGCUGGCUUAUGAUAUAAUUGAGCAGUACUUCUCUGAGUUGGAGGAAGACGUCAACCUUGCACCCCAGACAGGUGAAGGCGGUUUCCAGUUCGAUCCCAACACAAGUAUACCUAGUGAAGGUUUCAAGUUUUAAAUAACGCAACAGUCCUGUAAUGAUCGACAUAAUCGCUUUUGAAUUUUAAGCUACUUUUGUAAAUGACCCUACUCGAUAUUAGAAAGCGGUGUAUAUUUCUCGGCCAUAUUUUUUGUUAUUUGAAAUUGUUGUACAUGAACGAUUUAAGUCACAAUCCCAAGGGUGCAAAACUCAUACAUAAUUUCUCGAGUACUGUGAUUUGUCUUUGUAAUAAAUAUCAUCAUAUUGAUUUUAUCGGCAUAGACACAUGUGAAUAACCUGUUACCUCGACUGAGGUAUAACAAUAAAAUAGAUACUGAUAAAUUUAUUUAUACUUUUAUUUUAUGCACGGACCCUGUUUUUAUUUUGGGGAUUAUCAUCCUUUAUGAAACAUAAUGUAAUAAAGGUAUGUUUCAUUUAAUAUAA